UGAACAAACGGAAGCUUCAUUUCAGGCCACGGGGGGGAGGAUCAAAGCGAAUUUGGAGCCAGCAGCAUGGCAAAGCUGCUGAAAACUCUCCGCAAUCACUGGAAGAAAACAGCGGCUGGGGUUUGCGGACUGAGCUGGGGAGCGAACUGGCUGCACAGGCGAUACCGGGACAAUCUCUUGCGCAGGGCGGCAUGUCAGGAAGCACAGGAAUAUGGAAACCAGCUUCUACCGAUCAGUGCAAGGGUGAAGAAAGCCACUGUCUUUCUCAAUCCUGCUGCUUGCAAAGGAAAAGCAAGAAAUCUUUUCGAAAAGAAUGCAGCACCAAUUUUGCAUCUUGCUGGACUUGAUGUAACAGUGGUUAAGACUGAUUAUGAGGGCCAAGCAAAAAAGCUGUUGGAACUGAUGGAAGACACUGAUAUGAUUGUUGUUGCUGGAGGGGAUGGCACCUUACAAGAGGUAAUAACUGGGCUUCUUCGCCGAGAGGAUGAGGCUGUCUUUAGCAAGAUUCCCAUAGGAUUUAUUCCAUUGGGAAAGAUGAACUCCUUGAGCCAGGCUCUGUAUCCUACCAACAAAGAACAGGCCAGACACAUUUUAAAUGCUACGCUUGCUAUCGUGAAAGGAGAGACUGUUCCCUUGGACAUACUGGAAAUAAAGGGUGAUAAAGACCGUCCAGUGUUUGCAGUGUCUGGACUGCGAUGGGGAGCGUACAGGGAUGCAUCUGCUAAACUCACCAAGUAUUGGUAUCUAGGUCCUCUCAAAGACAAGGCAUGUCAUCUGUUCAGCACAUUUAAGGAAUGGCCACCAAACCGCCAGACCUCCAUCGCAUAUCUCGGCCCCACAGAAAGACUACCAGAGCAAUCAGAAGAGAAACCACCAAGGCCCAAUCUGUGGCAACGGAUAUUAAGGAGGCUGGAAUUAUACUGGGCAACCCCCAAAGAGGUGAUGUUAAUGCCAGUGGAGCCGCAGCACUGGGAGGAAGUACAGAAAUCAGCAGUGGAAGUGACCAUCAGCACACUCAACACACAGGCAGAUCUCAAGCAGCGUACAGAAGAUGCCAUGAAUAUUUGUAUAGAACCAGACACAAUCAGCAAGGGGCAGUUUGUAGCUACAGGGAGUCGGAAGUUGACUGAUCCACUCAUGUGUCCUGAAGGCAGCCAAAUUCUCCAAGCCAGUUUCUGUAAACUGCAACUACCCCAGGGAACAGAAGGUUUCUUCAGUAUAGAUAAUGAAGACUAUGAGGCUGUCUCUGUUGAUGUGAAACUGCUUCCUCGAAAACUCAGAUUUUUCUGUGAUUCUAUCAAAAAACAACAGCUGCAAUAGUUACAGACAGAAUUUUCAAUUUGAUAGCCCUCAGCUGGCAUGCUGAUCUUGUUUAUUUAAAACAUUCAUAAAUAUUCUUCUAUUACCCUUGUUAAUUUUGCUGAAUCUAAUUUCAUGUUGAGGAAUCCACUUUUUCAUUUGACAUUCUUGGACUUCCAAGACAUGAAGAAGUUAGAGUUCAGAGUGAAGAGGAUACAGAUGGGGAAAAAAAAACUUGCACACAUCUUCACUAUUAAUCUGCUGCUUUCCCAAACUAAAGCUGCCCACUACUCCUGAGAUUGUGGGAUGAUCUUGAAGAAUCUUUUUUUCCAAAGCUGCUAUUGGUGCUGUUUGUCUAUUUUACAGGUCAGUUUUACAGGAUUAGAUGAGUUUCCUUCUAAUUUUAACUUAUCUUUCAUUCCAUUUUCUUAAACUGAUGAGCUACUCCACUCUCUGCAGCACUAACCCAUACUAAAUUGGAAAGCCAAUUGAAGCUGGGCUUUGAAAUCGGGAACUGUGAUCAGUCGGUAACACAAUGCAGUAGAAGGCAGUAAUCCAUUCUCUGGAGCUCAAUGCUACAGUACCCGUCCAUAUGAAAGAUAAAACUGACUUGCAUUUAUAGUACUGUUCAAGUUUUCAGAAUGUCCUGAAGCACCUUGUAGACAAUGAGUUAUUCUUAUAAAGUAAUCACUGUUUUGUAGACAAACAUGGGAGUAAAUUUGCAUAUAAAGGUUCCACAAACAAUAGACCUGUUUUGGUGGUGCCUCAUGAAUGUUGGUUAGAACUCAUUGAGUUUCCUUGAGAUUUUUUACAUCCAUCUGAACAGGCUGAGGGGCAGCUGAAUAUAACACCAGUCAAUGUUUGUUUUAUUGUAAUUAAUAUGAAUCAAAUGGAGAAGAAUAAUGUUGUAUUUUUGCAAGCUGGUACAAGUUAAUGAUCAUAGUUCAAUUAGUCUGUCCAGGCAGAAAUACUAGAAGCAUUUUUGCAUUACUCCUAGAAGCCAGAUUAAGAGCAGCACGGAGUUUAUUUAUCAGCCCCUUAGGUUGAAAGUUGUGUGGCUAGGAAAAACUUUAACAGAAAAUAAGCUGUCUUUCAAUUGUUUUGCCUCCACAUACAAUUGAAGAGUUCAAAGUCAAUCCAAACCACAUACUGGGUUACUGAUUCAGAGUUUGAUACCACAGGGAAAUGUGGUUUUCCUUAUUCUUGCUGUUGGCUAGUCAUCUUUCUGAAAGUGAACACAUCUCUUCAAAAUAAAAGGAGGUAACAUUUUGGGUAUUACUAGUAAUCGCUAGCAACUUUUAAAAUACAAUCAUGUAUCCAAAGCAGCAUUUUUGACAACAUUAAACAGCAGAUUGGCAA